CCUCUUCUCUCCUCAUCAGGACUCAUUUAACAAUGUUUGGUGUUUAUUUGCUCCUCUGUGACUGAUUUAACUCUCACUCGCGUCUCAUGCGAACUUUCUGAAUGGAAUCGUUCUGAAUUCAGUUUUUUUAGGAAACCUCGCAGUAGCAGGUGAAAGAUGCAUGGAGGAUUUCUACAGCUGCUCAAGAAGAGGAAGGAGCUGAUUCCUCUGAUUGGGAUUGUUGGAUGUGCUGCACUUGGAGCAACAGCAGCCUCCAUUUACUUCUUACUGACCAAACCAGAUGUGAUUUUAAACAAGACUAGAAAUCCAGAGCCAUGGGAGACAUUAGAUCCAUCAACGCCGCAGAAGAUGGAGCUGCAGGAAGUGUGUAACAAGGAUGUUUUGAUCGUGGCUGCCACUAAUAGACCCGAGGUCCUGGACAGCGCUCUGCUCAGACCCGGCCGACUCGAUCAGAUCGUAUACGUUCCACCUCCAGAUCUUGAGGCUCGUGUGGCCGUGCUGCGCGUCUGCACUGAAAGCGUCCCGCUGCAUCCGGACGUGUGUCUGCAGGAUCUGGCCGCGCAAACUGAGCUCUUCUCUGGAGCUGAUCUACAAAACCUGUGCAGAGAGGCGGCUCUUCUGGCCCUGCGUGAGGACGGACUCGAGGUUUCCUGCGUGACACAGAAGUACUUUCUGAAGGCGCUCCGGAGUCUGAGUCCAUCACUGAGUCCCGAGCAGCUUCAGCAACACUUUCAACUCUUUCAAAGCUGAAGUAGUUCACCCCAGAGUUAAAAUUUAACCCCUCGUAUCACCCGAGACGUCUUUUUUCCUUCAGUCGAAAACGAAUUAAGGUUUUUGAGGAAAACCUUCCAAGUUUUUUCUCCAUAUAUUUGACUUCAAUGAGGACCAACAAGCUGAAGUUCAAAUUUAAUUCGAAGAAAGACAGACAUGAACAUCUUGGAUGACUUUAGGGAGAGUUAAUUAUCAGGGAACUUUUAUUUUGGAGUGAACUAGUCCUUAAAAAUAUAUUUAUAUACAAUAAAUAUAUCAUGUUUAUAA